AUGUCAAGGGGUCAUCAGCAACGAUCGGAGGAAGACUACAACAUGGAGAGCUCAAUCACAGUGAGAGAUCGAGGUAUAGUCGAGACUCAGGCGAGACAGCGCCACAGGAGGGAUUUGGACAUGCCGAUCAGCGACCUCUUCAGAUCGACUCAGCCGGCCGCAUCCUAUGGCCAACCCCGCUCCCGCAGGCAAGGGGACUACCGAGACUAUUCCCCGUACAAGACGCCAAUCAGAGAACGAUCUUCUAUUCCGAGGCCCUCGGUCCUCAGGGUAACGGACGACGACGAAGACACGAAUAUGGACGUGGAAGAACGCCGUAUCGAGCACCCCUUUGGAGAAAUCAUCGGGCAAGAGAUCGAAUGGAGAGGAGCCCCAGUGGUUCAGCAGCUGAGUCGCGGACUUGGAGACCUCACUGUGAGCGUCCAAGACCUGCCCGCAAUCAGGGAAAUUACUCGGCAGCACGCGGCGCAGCUUACCCAGCAACACGAAGAGCAGACCAAACUCAUCCGCGAAUUGCAGAUGAAGUUCACCCAGGACCAAGAAGAACGGGAGCGCCGAGAGGGGUACAUCCUCGCUCAAGUGCGGGCAGAAACAGCCGCGACCACUACGAACCUCGGCCAAGUCUUGGAACAGAUCGCCAAUACCACUAGGGCCCACCAACAGCGGCAGGAAGAGCAGGCCCAGCACAUAACUAUGCUGGCCGAUUGGAUUCAAAGGCUGCCGAAAGAAGGCCCAGCCCAAGUCCCAGACGGCGUAUCAGCUACACUGGCACAAUUGGAGAGGACCAUGCAGCAGCAGGUCUCCUUGGUAGAUGGGUUCUCUGGGACAAGGACGGCUCUAGAAGAAAUGAUAGAGCAGAUGAAGGAAACAGCCCGUAAAGCGGCUGCGGAAAAACCACUGGCCCCAGAGACGGGUGGCGGUGGAUCAGGCCCACCUCCCAGACCACCUCCCCAACAACCAGUCGCCCCUCCAGCCGGCUCCGAAUCCGGUGAAGACCUCGAAGACCCAGGACAACAACGGAAGCAAGGAGGUCAAGGAGCACAAGGAGGAGGUAACGGGGAUGGCAACAAGGGAGGAGGCCAAGGAGCACAAGGUGGAGGUAACGGGAAUGGCAAUAAGGGAGGUAACGCCCCGGAAGCACCCGGAUCAUCCCCAUCGGAUUCCUCAGAUUCGGAAGGCGAACGCCGCAAGCGGCUGGAACGUAAGAAACAAAGACACGAGAGAAGGCGCCAACGAGAGCAAGAACUCUCGCACCCCCCUCGCGCCACCAUAGGUGAUGCGCCCAAAAAGGCCAAUAUCCCCUUCUCCGGAAGAGCCGAUCAAGACGUAAGAGUCUGGAUCGACCAGAUGGAGAUUCUAAUCAGUCUCCAGAAGAAGGUCCAAUGGGAUGAUGGCACUAAGAUUAUGUGGGCAUCCCUCGAGUUUACCGGUAGUGCGGCAAACUUUUGGCGGAAUUUUACGGAGAGGUUAGCUGUGGAUCGCAGUAUCGGAACCUGGGAACGGUUCAAGCAGGAACUUCGUACCCAAUACGGCAACCGCACGAGUCAGGAACAGGCCAAGCAGAAGAUGGACAGACUCCGGCAAACUGGCCCAAUCGACGACUACAUCAAUGAGAUGCAGAACCUAGAAUGGGACGCACGAGUUGGACCAGUUGUCAUGAGAUCCAUGAUCCUAACAGGAAUAAACUCCUCGCUGGAACAACGGCUCUCUAAUGCGAUUGAGGAACCUAGUGAUUUUGUGGACUGGUUAGCAUGGGUACGAAAAGUCGGACGCAAGGACCACGAGGUGAAGGCUCGGAAAGAAAUCCUGCGAGGUAAAGACUCUGUGAAACCUCGCGAGGAGAAAACGGAACGGCGGAAAUCGCGCAACAACGCAAAUCCUCGGAAAACUUUUCCCGCAUCAGCCAACAACUCCAAGACCUCGGAUGACUUAGGUGUCACUAAAGAAGAGAAGGAGAAAUGGCAGAAAGAAGGAAAGUGUUUCCGUUGUGGUAGAGAUAACCACUUCGUAAAGGAUUGCGUGGCGACGAGUAAGGUUAGGUUGACGAACCUAAAGAGAAAAGAAUAUCCUUCCGGGAGAAAGGACCACGGAAGGGAGGGUGAUAAGAAACGGAAAUUGGGGCCACAAAAUGAGGCAUUUAGGGCAAGGAUUACGAAUUUGGAGGACUAA